AUGCAAAGGGAGCUUGAGGUUGUAGCAAGUAGAUUAAGAAAACUUGCAAUAUCUGAAGGGCGUGAUGAAUAUCAGAUGCUGGUGACGAAUGCAGAUAGAUAUGACAACAAGAUUGAGAUAUUUGAGCUUCUCGGAAGGAAGUGUAAUGCACUCUCUGAGGUGAUGCCUUUGCUGUUUACGUUCUGUUCGAAGCUUAGUAUUGAUGACGAGCACUUGCUUGGAAAGAUAAUUGACUUUAUGCGAGGAUGUAAGGAUAUCAAUUCGCGUGAGGAGUGUGAGUGGAUAAUUAAGAUUUUGUUUCUUAUUGUUGAGAUGAGUAAAGAGAAGAGGAAGGGUUCUGGAAUACGACUGAAGCUUACAGAGUGCAUCAAGAUAUAUGGAGAAAAGACUGGGAUAGUAAGCCAUCUUAUUGAUUUGAUGAGCAGCAAGAGCGGAGGAGAUACAAUAUGGCCGAUACUUGAGUCUACUCCGUCGAUAUGUGGAGAGUUUGUUAGAGCUUGCAUGAACCAAACUAGUCAAACUGUGCAGAAGAAUCUGUCUGUUUUAUUGCCACAGCUGUCUGAAAGGCACGCAGAACUGUUCUGUGAUUAUGAGAAGUUUGAUGAGUUCUGUGACUCUGAAUACUUUUUUAUGCGAAGUUGUUUUCUUGAGGUUUACAUGAAUCUUGUUGGGUAUUUCAAGACGAAUAGAGAUGUUGAGAAGAUGAAUGAUAUUAUUGAUCUGAUUGUAGAGAGGAUGUCAGAUACGUACUUUCUUGUGAGACAGAAGGCGCUUCAUAUACUUGGAGCGCUGUUUGAAAGGAAUUCGAUAUCGAUUGGAAAGCGAGCGCAUGUGAUUGAUGGUGUAUGUAGUCGAAUACUGGAUAAGACGGUUGCAGUAAGAAAGCGAGCAAUUGGAUUGUGCUGCAGUGUACUGGCAAACCAUCCGUUUGUGUCUGAGCAAACACUUGAGAAGAGAGCAGUAAAAGACAUUAAGGACGAAUGUGAAAGAAGAUAUUACGAAGAUCUGAAUGACUUCCAUGAUUCGAUGAAGAAAGCGCAAAAAAGCAUUAUGGAACUGCUGAGUGGAGAUGUUAGGACAGAAGCAGGAGAUUGCAUCGAGUUUAUGAAGCUUGCACUGCACUACGGAAUAGAAGGCUCUGACAAAGCAUUCAGCCAGAUAUUCAGGCUUGUAUGGACACGUGAAGUGGAUUUAUUAGCACAGUCAUUUAGAGAUCUGCUUAUACAGAAGAAACAGAACGGAAUGCAUGCAUUUGUAUUUCUGAAGAGAUUUGUAAGGCAAUGUGGAGACUACUCGUUUGAAAGGAUCCUUAAGGAGCUGUAUAGAAGAGGAUAUCUGGAGAAAAGUUUUACAAAUGAAUUGAGAAGUGUGUUUAUGCAAGGAUCUUAUUUAUUUGAGUCAUCGUAUUUACUGUUACACACGAGCAAGCCUAUAUCAGUAGAUAGUUUGCGUGAAAUGCUGAUAUGCACUACAAAUAUGCUUUUUUCUAGCAAAGGAGAAGAUGAACUAGCAACCAUGCUGAGUGUUUAUAAGAAUGUGAUUAGAAUUAGGACAAGGCAGAAGGUAGAUCCUGCAGACGAGAUUAUUACUUUGAUGAUUAAGAACCUGACAAAGAUGGUUUUUUUUGAUCAUCAGGUUGUUGAAAUGACUGUGGAUGCAAUAUAUGGGUUGAGUGCACAGCCAGAGAUAAGCAGUGUAGCAUUAAUUAAGGGUAUUUGUAGUGCAAGCAAGGGCGGAAUGAAGAUUGUUUGUGCAGUCGGAUGUGUAGCAAUACGACAUAUGCAAUACCUGGAAGAGUUGGAGAAGCUUGUGAAAGCAAAACGAAUAAGUGUUAAUGUCGACAGGUCUGUGCUCACACCUGAGAUUACAGAAAGGAGAAAAAGCAUUAAUGCAUCUAGACUGAGCAUUAGCAUGAUGGCUAAUGACGAAGGAAAGGUGGAUGGAAUACCACGAGAUAUUGAAAUUGAGAUAAACAGCAAUAUUUCUCCAAAGCUUAUGGAUAGAAGCGAAGAGGAGAUCUCUGACUUUUUUUUCUAUGUUAAGGAGAAAGAAAUGCUAUAUGGUAACAAUAGUGUUAUUUGCAUGUUCAAGAAGAUGAUUGAAGAGAUGUGUGUAUCUGAAUGUGAUGAUGCAAAAGUUGUCGCAUACACUGCUCUCUAUAAACUAAUGUGUGUUAGCUUUGAAUAUUUCUCAAGUCAUUAUCAAGCAUUUAUUGCAUCGAUGAAGCAUUUAGAUGCAAGAAUUAGAGCUAAUGCAAUUGUUGCGAUGAGUGAUUUCCUGCAGAACUACAACACAGCUGUUGAAGGUGAUUGUGGUUUGCUGAUUGAUGCGCUUGGAGAUACAGACAUCGAUGUGCGAAAGAAUGCUUUUCUGGUGAUUCACACUCUUCUGACAAAAAAUUUUAUUAAGAUUAAAGGAUAUGGAAGCAGGCUUGUUGCCUUACUAGGUGAUGAUGAUCUGAGUAUGAGACGAAUGGCGGAGAAUCUACUUAUACAAAUAUCUAAAAACGAGACGACUAUUGCAGCAUUGUUUUACGAAGCUGUUACUGCACAAGAUGCCAUGCUGAUGCAGCAUAUUGAGUUUCUUACGGAGUUGAUUGGAGAAAAGGUAAAAGAAAAUUUGUUUGCAAAGAUAUCAAGAUCCAAGGUUCAUCCUGAUCUUUUGAAGCGCAUCCAUGAUGCUUUCUGUCUUAAUUCAAAACUUACAGAAGAUUUACCUUUAAACCAAUAA